CAGUCCCUUGCUGAGCGUUGGACAAUCAGGCACGAAGAGUCAUCGACAUUCAUCAAGGUGUUCUGUGAUCAGGUGUUAAGUCGUAAUUGACAACCAGGAGUGGCAAAAUGGUGGCUGGAAUGCUGAUGCCUCUGGAUGACCUGAGGUCCAUCUAUGAGGUCCUCUUCCGGGACGGCGUCAUGGUAGCCAGGAAGGACAGGCGUCCCCAGUGUAUGCACCCCGACGUCCCAGGUGUAUCCAACCUCAAGGUGAUCCGAGCGAUGGGUUCCUUGAAGUCCGGAGCCUUUGUCAGGGAGACCUUUGCCUGGCAACACAGCUACUGGUACAUUACCAAUGAAGGCAUCGCUCAUAUGCGAGAGUUCCUGCACCUUCCGCCAGAGAUCGUCCCUUCUACCUUGCACAGGGUCCGGUCCACGGCAUCAACCCUGAACCUAACCCGUCGGGCAGCCCAUGUGCAGACAAUUAAGGGUCCCACCUCUUUCAUCCCCAAACCAAGAGUCAAAGAAGAGCAGGAAGAUCUAGUGGAUCGGCAGGGGUACCGAUACAAGAAAAGAAUCCCUAGAGAACAGGAGGGCCAGCCUGAGAAGACUGCUAUGAGCUUUAGAGGCUCCUACACACCCAGCAAUGUGGUCACCAGACCUGCGCAUUCAGCAACCAGGGAGACCAAACAAGAGUCACCUAUCAUUAGGAAACAACAGCAGCAGUCAGAAACCUCCAGGCACAUUACAUUUGAAGAACAGAAGAUUUCAGCUGCUGCAAAGCCUGGUUCCUGGAAAACAAACAGAAAUAUCAAAGCAUCUCAUUCAGUAGUUGCUCCAACUGAGGAGUCCAUUGCAAGUCCAUGUGAAACAGUAAAGAUGAACAUGCCUGCUCCACCUGUGGAGGCAGUAAAAGAAGAGCCAUUUAAUGCCCAAACUGAGGCUCCACAGCCAGUGAGUGAGACAGUAGCAGUUGAGUUAGUUCAAGAGGACGUGAAGAUCCCCAAUGAUCAGGAACCUACAGAUAUAUGGGAUGAAGAGAAUGAAUCAAAAGACUUGGUGCCACUGGUUGAAGAAGGGGCAAGUCAGCAGGAGGUACAGGAGUCUAAAGAACUUACCACACAAACAGAACAAGAAGAAACCAUUGAAGUAGAGCAAGAUGCUCCAGAAAUAUAUACCGAUGGAGAUGUUCCACUGACAGUCUCUCAAAUUGUUAAUGAACAAAAUGCUAGUCAGGUGGUCCAAGAAUCACCGCAGCAGAUAUUUGAGCCCAAAGAACAAACAAAACAAAUAGAGACCAUGGUGGUUGAGGAGCCGCUUGAAUGUGUGAUGAUGGAUGUUUCAGAUGCCUCCUCUACUUCGUCCGUUAUCUAUCAUGAGCCUGAAGCUGAUGAGCUGGUCGAAGAGGUGACAAAGGAUCUGCAGGAGUUGCUGGUAGCUGAAGAUGCUGAAGUAUUUAGGCAAACAACACAUGCAGAUACCAAGAUGGUUGUAGAGGAAACCAUUGAUGCAGAAUGUGCAGUGAUGGCUGAGAAUGUUCCACAAGUAUCUGUUGCAGAUGAUUCACUGAUUGUGCUCCAAAUCCAUGAUGAACCCAAAGGUGAUGGGCAGGUUAAUGAAGAGGCUGGUCUGCAGCAGGUACAUGAAUUUACAGUUCCCCACAUCCAGACUGAGCAUUUACCUGAACUUGUUGUCCUAGAACCACCAGUGCAGGCGAGUACAAGUACGUCAGCCAUAACUUCAGUUGCCUUGGAAGAUGCGCUGUCACUCACUACUGUUAAAUCCUUGGAGACAGUCUCUGAUGGCACGCUCCACCCUCACGUUUCUCCCAUGACUGAUGCCUGCGUGGAUCUCUCUGAGUUUGAGGUGCUAGACACUGACAUCUCACAUGCUGAUGUAAAUGUCAGCCCUUUACCAGAGGACUGCUGAAUUGUAUUGGACAAAAUCUGAUCCAAACUAGUAUUGCUCGUUUUAGUAUGCAAGAUGUCAAAAAGAGGAUAAAACAAGCAGUAAGGAAUUCUAGUGGACAACUUGCAAUCUAACUGCAGAAAAGGCAUGCAAACACCAAGAACAGUACAGGUUGCACUGAUCAAAGGCUUGGAAGCAUGCUAACUCUUGUUUGUGGUGAUACAGUAGCAGAUGUAGGAGAUUAUUUUACAUUUGCGCAGGGUGGUUUGAUCAGGACCACAGGACUGCAAACAGUAGCUUAGGUGUUUUUAUCUGAAUGCAUGAUAAUGCAAUGAAAAUUAAUGGGAAGAUGCCUCAAAAAGUGAAAAAUUGUUACAUGUUGUCAUUUUGGACUCGUUCAAAUGCAUCUGAUCUUCCAAAUAGUUGAGACAUUGUCUGACAAUAAAGUAUUAUCAAUCAAUCAGUGAAUAUUAUCAGACUAAAAUGCAACUUCAUUCCACAAUGUCUGUCCUGACCCCAGUUAAAGAAAAAAUUGUGAUCAAGCUCAUUUCCACUAACCUCUAAAAAUGGUAUGAAAACGUAGCCUACGUACUUAAUGUCAUGCACAUUGUAGAAUAUUUAUCUUCGCAUUUAUAUGUUCUUUGUUUCUAUGGAUACAAUUGUAACUCAUUGUGUUUCCCCUGUGUUGGACCAGUGAUCCUGGUCCCAUUCAGACCUAUUACCCAAUGAUCU